ACGCAAUGCAGACGAAAUGCAUCUGCAUCUACAUCUGCAAUUGCAAGUUCAACGCAAGAAAUACCAAGUUCCUUUGUGUAGUAGCAAGGCGAAGAAUGUCACGUCUGUGAGGCAGCUCCGAAGAAGGCUGUACCGCGGCUUAUACUUUGAAGAAGAUGAGAUUGAGACUAAAGAGUGAAUUGAAUUGUCCAUGGUAUUGGGCCAUCAUGAGAUGGCAGAGGGGCAGGGCAGGAAGAUACAGAAGAAGGAGGAAUAAAGAUACAGAGAGGAAGCAUGUUAGGCGUUUGCCCCAGGCCACGCACGAUACGAUACGACACGACACGACAUUGCACGACAGCAAACGGUCCAGAUCCAGGUCCAGCCUCGACCAUUCCAUUUUCUGUGUCUGUGUCUGUGUCUGUGUCUGGAAUAGAGUUCCAGACUGAAUCCUGUCUCCUCCUCAAUCCUCAAAGCGCUCCAGCUCCACUAAGCACUCCUCUUAAAACAUUCAACUUGUUCAAUCUAGCCAAUUCAUCACUUCCACCUAGUAGUCUUCCUCGAGCAAAGACGGCGGGAAAAGUUCGAUGACCACUAAUGGCCGCUAGAGCUUCUUGGAGUGAGCUGGCAUCAUGAGGUCGUUGGUCCACUUCGUAGACGGUGUAGUGAGCGCCGAGAGAGGUUAGGAGGGACUUGGCUUUUUUGGAGUACUGGCAAGGCGGAGAGGGAGAUGCGAGAGGGGUAGAGUGGGUGAAGAGGAGUAAGUGAUCAAGCUCCUCUGGGAUAUCCUGUGGGAGUGACACUU